AUGUUAAUUAAAAUAAGUUUUUUUCUAUUUAUCAUCUUUCAAUUAUCUUAUUCAUAUAAAACAAAUCCAACACCAUGGUUAUGUACAGAAUCAUUAAAUGAUACAACAAAUGUAUUUCCAUCAUGUUUACCCGGUUAUGUUAUUGAUAUUGAAAAUGUUAUAUAUGAAUCAACAAAUGAUAAUACAUGUUCUGGUAUAACAUUAUGUCGAAUAGAAAAUAAAAAUACAAUAUUAUUUUCAUGUAAUCAUAAACGUACAUGUCCUAUUAAUAUACAUAAUUUACAUUUUCAUAUUAAUAAAACAUGUAGUAUAACAAAAAGAUUAUUUAUUAAAUAUCGUUGUUUACCAAUAAUACAAGAACAAAAAGAUUAUUUAUGUGAACAAUCAACACAACGACGUUUACGUUUAGGUGAUAUUAAUUUAUCAUGUAUAAGAAAUUAUCGUUUAUAUAUAAUAAAAUCAUUAAUUGGUAUUAGUAUAAAACAACAAGAUGAAAUAAAUAAAAAUUCAUUUAAAUGUAAUAAAGAUACACAAACAAUUUGUAAUUAUGAUAUACCAAAUUCAUAUCAUGAUAUAUGUAAUAAUCAAUUAAAAGAUGGUAAUGAUGAUCAAUGUAAAAUAAAAUAUCAUGAACGACCAAUAUUAAAAGAUUGUCAAUAUGGAAUGUUAUCAAAUUUUUCAAUGGUUGAAUAUUUAUGCAUACCAGGUUAA